CUGGGCGAGGUACUCAAGGCGCUGCACAUUUACGAUGUCUUCCGCCCGCCCGUCCUCGCCGCUUGUCUAGCAAUGCUACUGGGCAUGGUGCCGCAGCUGGACUUCCUCUUCUUCCAUCGCGACGGCGCACUGCGAUUCCUCACUGACGCCCUCGCCGUGCUGGGCCAGGCCAUGAUUCCCUGCAUUCUGCUGGUUCUCGGCGCCAACCUCGUCAAGGGCCCAGGGGCGUCCGCGCUGCCGAUGCGCACAACACUGGCGGUGGUGGUGACGCGGCUGGUGGUGGUGCCGCUGCUGGGCAUUGCCAUCGUGCUCUGCGCCGACCGCCUGGGGCUGCUGCCGCCCGGCGACAAGAUGUUUCGAUUCGUGCUGCUGCUGCAGCACGCCAUGCCCUCCUCCAUCCAAAUAGGUGAGAAAGUGUGUACCAAGGUGUGCCAAGGUGUGUGUGCGCACAAGCAGCUCUGCGCCGACCGCCUGGGGCUGCUGCCACCGGGCGACAAGAUGUUCCGCUUCGUGCUGCUGCUGCAGCAUGCCAUGCCCUCGUCCAUCCAAAUAGGUGGGAGAGGAUGGGUGCAAGAGGAUGGGUGCAAGAGGAUGGGUGCAAGAGGAUGGGUGCAAGAGGAUGGGUGCAAGAGGAUGGGUGCAAGAGGAUGGGUGCAAGAGGAUGGGUGCAAGAGGAUGGGUGCAAGAGGAUGGGUGCAAGAGGAUGGGUGCGAGAGGAUGGGUGCAAGAGGAUGGGUGCAAGAGGAUGGGUGCGAGAGGAUGGGUGCAAGAGGAUGGGUGCGAGAGGAUGGGUGCAAGAGGAUGGGUGCAAGAGGAUGGGUGCAAGAGGAUGGGUGCGAGAGGAUGGGUGCAAGAGGAUGGGUGCGAGAGGAUGGGUGCGAGAGGAUGGGUGCAAGAGGAUGGGUGCAAGAGGAUGGGUGCGAGAGGAUGGGUGCAAGAGGAUGGGUGCAAGAGGAUGGGUGCGAGAGGAUGGGUGUGCCGGGCCUGAGGGGGUUUGGAGAGCAGGAGGUAUCAGCGGUGCUCUUCUUCCAGCACAUAUCAGCCGUCUUCACCAUGGCUGUCUACCUCUUCGUCUUCUUCUACCUCCUCUACGGCUGA